UGCUUUACCACGUUAAUCAUGAACCGCAACAUAUGAAAGGAAAACCUAAAUGGGUUACCGCUUGGGUUCCUAAUAUUACCGAUAUAGUGUAUGGAAAAAUAUUGAGUAUCACACAUUAUCCUAAUUAUUCUACACCAGUCUCUUAUCCAGAACAUUGGAAAUAUCAAAAUGUUUCCUCGAAUCCUCAACCAAGAACACCUUGUUCCCAAACUAUAACCAUCGUUCCAUGCCAAGGUUGUUCCCAGCAUUUUAGUUACUAUGUUGGAAAUCUAAAACCAAAAUCGUAUAUUGAUCAUCUUAUCCAACAUGGUCAUAUUCCUUCGAUGAAUUUUACACCAUGCGCUCCUCCUUCUUUGGAUACUCGUAUACCACCUAACCAUAAAUUGGUUUCUCAACUUGUCGAUAAUGACAAUGUAGUGAAAGAUUUACAGAAUUUAUCUAACGUUCUGGCUCCUUUUAUAGAAUUAGAAAUUUAUACUGAUGGAGCUUAUGAUUGCGAAUUUGCUCAAAAUGAAUUUCCUAUGGGCUAUGGUUGGACUACAGCUAACCUCACUAAUAUGAACAUUGCAUACAAUGGUUCAUUAGAAUACUUCUCCUCGUCAACUAAAGCGGAAACUAUGGCAAUUUUAACGGCCUUAAUUGUUUGUCCACCUAAUGGAGUGAUCAAUAUAUACACAGAUUCACAGGCUGCUAUUGAUUCCGUCUUUCUACAAAUCUAA